AUGGCCAGUCCAAUUUGGCCCGAACGUUCUUCCUAUGAGGAGGACACGUCCAGAAUUCCACCUGGGACAUUUUCUAGACUCAGCCGCUUUGCUAGAGACAGUGCUCUCACGCCAGCAGGCUGGCUGUUAUCUCAGCUGCGGAGCUCUACAGCAUCUCAAGAGCCAGCCUCUGGAGCAAAAGAAGACGUCGAAGUUUCUAGGUCUCUUGAUGAGCUCUCCGACGACAGUCCCACAAUGGAGGAUUGGGAUGUUGUCCGCGUUGCCUCUCCCACUGAGCGGCUAAGUGACAAUGAUGUCGACGUUCAGGAAGUCAAGGUUGCACGGGAUUACGAGCAAGGGGAUGAUCUCAACGAUACCACAGAGACGGAGGACGAUGACUCUAGCGGCGCUCAACUUCAUGAGAUCCAAUUUAUGAGACGCGAUAUCAUCAUUGCAGUCAUGGGAGUUACUGGGGCUGGAAAGAGCACGUUCAUCUCCUUGCUAUGUGAACAAGACAUCGAAAUUGGCCAUGGCCAGAAAUCUUGCACAACAAAUGUAGGCGUGUAUCAUUUCAACCUUGGAGGUGUUCGCAUUUGGCUGAUCGACACCCCGGGAUUUGAUGACACCAAUCGCUCUGAUACUGAAGUUCUGGGAGAUAUAGCAUACUGGCUUGCUAGAGCAUAUACUCAGCACAUGCAGCUGGCAGGAAUUAUUUAUCUCCACCGCAUUACCGAUGUGCGAAUGCAGGGUUCCGCGCUCCGAAAUCUGAGACUAUUCAAGGAAUUGUGCGGACAAGACGAGCUGAGAUCCGUGAUCCUUGCAACUACACACUGGACUCACGGAGAAGGCAAUAGUGUAAGUGAAGAGGUGGGCCGAGGACGAGUCAAAGAGCUCGAAACGACAAAGGAGUUCUGGGGCGGAAUGAUCGAACGUGGAAGCAGAGUCGAGAAGCAUGAUGGCAGUGAGGCUUCAGCGCUGAGAAUAGUCUCUAAUCUGGUCAGCCGGCACGACAGUGUGACGCUCAAGAUCCAGAGACAGAUGGUCGAUGAAAAGCGAAGUCUUUUCGAAACGGCCGCCGGCCAGGAGUUGCAGCGUGAGAUAAUCGAGGAACGAAGGAAAGCUGAAGAGACGCUGAAGAAGCUGAAAUUGGACAUGGAAUAUGCUUUAAACGAAAAGGACAAGGAAUGGCAGGAGACGAUCAAGCAAGACAGAGCAGCUCUUGAGGCGAGGAUCGACCAGCGGACGAAGGAGAUGGAAGCAUUGAAGAUAAACCUCGCCAAGCUGGCAGCAGAGAAAGACGAACAAUUUCGCAAGAUGGAGCGAAAAUGGAACCGAGAGAAAGCUGAUUUGGAAUCGCGCUUGCAUCAGGUCGUGGUGAGGAACAGAAAUUCUGGAGACGCUCACGCUGGAUCGGCAACUCCAACUGCCUCGGAUCGCCCGAAUAGGGAUAUCCCAAUGAGAUAUGCGUGGGAAAAUGGUAUUGGGCACGUGAAUGAGACACCAGGGAGAGCUGAGCGUACCACGCUGACGACCAGACUUGAGACGCCAUCGAGAAGGCCAUCGAGAAACCAGGCGCCAUCUGGAAGGGGGGCCCUCUCCAGACUCGGAGAAGAGCGCGAGACUACAGUGGCCAGACUCGACACACGAAUAAAGCAGGAGGAUGAGAGGAUACUAAGAACGCCGCGGGAGCUAGCAAGAAUUGAGACAGGAAGGCAGGAGCAUGAAAGGAAACUAAGAGAGCACCAGGAGAUUCUAGCACGACUUGAGACACGAACAAGGCAGAGGGAGGAUGAAUGGAGAAUAGCGCUGGAGGAGGCGGAGGAGGCGGAGAAACGGAGAAUAAGGCAGAGGGAGGACGAAUGGAGAAUAGCGCUGGAGGAGGGGAGGAGGCCGAGGAAUGGAGAAUACGGCAGAGGGAGGAGGAAUGGAGACGUAGAGAACGACAGAAGGUAG